AACCCUUCGUGGAAAACACAUCCCCAUUCAAAUUUUAUUCUUCUCCCAUUAUACAUACUCACCAAAUUCUACAAAUGGGCUUCUUUUCCUUCUUGCAUUAACUCAGGAAUUUCACCAACUUUUAUAAAUCUACUAAUUUACCAACUCAUAUUUUAGCUUCUCAUUUUUAAAACAGACAAUACUCUGCUUCAAUCAAUGAAUUCAACGCAAUCCUUCAAAAACUUCAAAAGUGUCCAUUUCUUGCAAUUUUAUUUUUUAAUUUCACUCCCCACCAUAUUUUUCAAAUGGAUCAUAUCAUUCCAUACUACUUUUGCCACUCUGUAGGACAAGGUGUGGUUGUUGGGAUGGGGACAGGUGCAAGUAGGGAAGCCAUAAACAUCAUCUGUGAAUAUCUUUGUGAAUAUAUAACCACUUCACGAAGGGACCUUGGAGAUCACAAGCUCACAGCAGAAACACUUGCUCGAAUAUUGAAUCUAGAAUCUGAGGAAAAUUGAAAGUAUCAAGCAUGGGUUCAACGGGUGAGACUCAGAUCACUCCAAGCCAUGUGUCUGAUGAAGAGGCAAACCUGUUUGCGAUGCAACUGGCGAGUGCCUCUGUCCUCCCAAUGGUUCUGAAAUCAGCCAUCGAGCUUGAUCUGUUGGAAAUCAUAGCCAAGGCUGGUCCUGGAGUUCAUCUUUCUCCCUCUCACAUUGCUUCUCAGCUCCCAACACACAACCCUGAGGCACCAGUCAUGUUGGACCGCAUCUUGCGUCUAUUGGCUUCCUACAACAUCCUCACUUUCACCCUCCACACUCUUCCUGAUGGCAAGGUUGAGAGGCUCUAUGGCCUUGCUCCCGUUGCCAAGUACUUGGUCAAGAACGAAGACGGCGUCUCCUUGGCUGCUCUCAACCUCAUGAACCAGGAUAAAGUCCUCAUGGAAAGCUGGUACUACUUGAAAGAUGCAGUUCUUGAAGGGGGGAUUCCAUUUAACAAGGCAUAUGGAAUGACAGCCUUUGAAUACCAUGGAACGGACCCAAGGUUUAACAAGGUUUUCAACAAGGGUAUGGCGGAUCACUCUACCAUCACAAUGAAGAAAAUUCUCGAGACCUACACAGGCUUUGAGGGUAUUAAAUCUCUGGUUGAUGUUGGUGGUGGAACUGGAGCUAUAAUAAACAUGAUAGUCUCAAAGUAUCCCAAUAUCAAGGGUAUCAAUUUUGAUUUACCCCAUGUCAUCGAAGAUGCCCCAUCUUAUCCAGGAGUGGAGCAUGUGGGUGGAGACAUGUUUGUCAGUGUUCCAAAAGCUGACGCUAUUUUUAUGAAGUGGAUUUGCCACGAUUGGAGUGAUGAACACUGUUUGAAGUUUUUGAAGAACUGCUACGAUGCAUUACCAGAAAACGGGAAGGUGAUUGUGGCAGAAUGCAUUCUUCCGGUGGCUCCAGACUCUAGCUUGGCCACAAAGGGUGUGGUUCACAUCGACGUGAUAAUGUUGGCUCAUAAUCCAGGUGGGAAAGAGAGAACAGAGAAAGAGUUUGAGGCUCUGGCCAAAGGAUCUGGAUUCCAAGGUUUCCGAGUUCUGUGCUCUGCUUUCAAUACCUACAUCAUCGAGUUUCUCAAGAAGGUUUAAAUGUUUCGGUAUGGAGUCAUAUCAAGUUGCAUUUGGAUUUUGACUUUGAAAAUGUGCUUGUGGUGCUACUUACGAAGCUUUCGCGGAAAAAAAAAAUGUAAAUUUCUCUUGAUACAUUAGGAAAACAAUAAUGAAUAAAUUUAAAUAAUAAGAGCUUUAUGAAAUAAUAAGAAGUUUCUUAUGUGAGUUAUA